UUACUUUUCCCCACCAUGCAGGAUUUCACCUUCACCGUGGGCAAGCUCGAUGCGGGCAUGGCGAUUCUGCUCGGCGAGCGCGCCCAUCUUAUCGAGUUCCCCUCUGUCCUUCUCCCGCCAGGCGCGACCACCGGCUCCAUUGUCAACAUAUCCGUCCACCAAAACAUUGCCGAGGAAAAACGACGCGACACCGAGUUCUGGGACCUGCAGGACCAGAUUCUGGGCGAGUUCGGGAUGCGGUCACCAGAGGCGCCGCAGCUGCAGCUAAGACACACGACACAAACGUCCGUCACCCUCGAAUGGCCUACCCUCCAGCUUGCGACCGCCAAAAUACGCUCGCUGGUCAUCUACCGCAACGGCGAGCGUCUCGCGCCCAUCCCCUACCCCCUCACCAACACGUCCACAAAGCUGUCCUCGCUCGAGGUUAACACGGAGUACACCUUCCAGCUUAUACUGCGCACGACCGCGGGCACCUUCCCCAGCAAUGUCCUCCGCGUGCGGACCCACACGAUGACGGACACCUCGGGCAUCUCGGUCUGCUUUGGCACCAUGCAGGACACGGAGCUGCUCGAGCGCGCCAAGGCGGCGCUGCGGGAGAUGAAGGCGAAGUGGACAGACAAGAUCGCGAUUGACACGACCCAUUUCGUGUGCACGACCCCGAACUCUAAAACGAACUCGCCCAUUGCGCCGGCUGCGGAGUAUCAACGCGCGGAACAACUUAGCAUUCCGAUUGUCCAGCCACAUUGGAUUUUCGCGUGUCUUACAGAGAAAAAACUUGUGCCUGUUGCGCAAUUUGGACUGGGGGCCAUCCUUCCGCCACCAGCGCGGCAACCAGCCCCACCACCACCGCCACCCGAAUCUGACUCUGAGGGAUCAGAGGGCUCUGGGUCGGACUCGGAGGAGGAUGUUGGGGCCGCGGUCCCGAGUAGCGUGCACGAGAAGCGGAUGAGCCGGCCUGGGACGAUGAACCGCGACUUCAAGUUCCCGACGCCGGUGUCGUCGCCCACAGUGGAGAAUACGCACGUGCCGGCGGUAAGGGUGGUGACGCCGAGUAACAUUGAGGUGCCCGCGCCGCCGCCGAUGGAGAAGGAGGGGUCGUUGACGCGGCCGAGCCCGCCGCGGAGCGCCAGUGCGAGGAGCGAUGAUGGGGAUGAGUUGGGCGAUACGGAGGAGAUUUCGUUGAACUGA